AUGUCUCAGGAGAAUGACACGUGGAAGAAAGAGGCGCUGGGGGAUGAGCUCGCCGCCAUGAGGCUGCAGAAGCUGGAACAGCAGCGGCGGCUCUUUGAGAAGAAGCAGCGGCGGAAGCGCCAAGAGCCCCUCAUGGUUCAGGCCAAUCCCGACGCUUCCCUGCGGCCCCGGCGACCAUGGAGGCGGGAGGAGCGCCUCGCGGGUGACAGGGGCCUUGGGAACCCUUUCCUCCAGGAGUACAUGCCAGAGGCACAUCUGCGCUCUGGUGCCCACAGUGCCCUGGGCAUCGUGAGCUGCGGUGGAGACGGCAGCGGUGAGCGUGGCCCACUGGCAUCGCCGACAGAAGGAGGUAAUCUCGAGUCCUUGGGCCUCUCUAGUCCCUCUCCCUUAUCCUGGCUACCAGACAGUUCCGAUCCGGAGUUGGAGGAAGUCUCCGUGGGGGAUGUUCCUGCUUCUCCACCUCCUUAUAAAGAGCGUCCGGGGACUCGACGCAGGGGUUGGCCAGCCCGCCAACGACCUGGGGCCAGUGCGGAGGAAGAGAGUGAAUCCCAAGAUGUUGGAGAUGAAUAUGAGGCAGCCAGUCCAGAACCAAACCCUGGCAUGGAUGAUGACCUGGGACGUGGAGACUUAGCCUCCAACAAGGGCGAAGACUUGGCAGAGAAGAAAGAGGAGUCGAAGUCUACAGUGAGGAACUCCCCACCGGCAGCCAAAGAGGAGGUGUCCGAGACCCCGGAAGGCGAGGUCGGCGCGGGCAGCAGCGAUGUGGGGAGCUCACCCCGCUCGCCUCCCCUCGCGCCAGGCCCUCGGCUGGGAGAGGACAUGGAAGCUUAUGUGCUGCGGCCGGCGCUGCGCGGCCGCACGGUGCAGUGCCGCAUCAGCCGCGACAAGCGCGGCGUAGACAAGGGCAUGUUCCCCUUCUACAGUCUCUACCUGGAGGCGCCCGACGGCCGGGAGCACUUCCUCCUGGCUGGGCGCAAGAGAAAAAGGAGCACAACCUCGAAUUACCUCAUUUCCCUGGACCCCAAAGACCUGUCUCGGGAUGGGGACAACUUUGUGGGCAAAGUCAGAUCUAAUGUGUUGGGCACCAAGUUCACCAUCUUUGACAAUGGGGUGAAUCCUGAAAGGAAGAAUUUCGUCCCGGAGACCGCUCGCAUCAGAGAGGAGCUGGGGGCUGUGUGUUAUGAGACCAACGUCUUGGGAUUCGGAGGGCCCCGGAAAAUGACUGUGAUCAUUCCAGGAUUCGAUUCCCAGAACCGGAGAAUCAGCGUCCAGCCUCAAAACGAACGGGAGUCGCUACUGAGUCGCCUCCGACGGGGGGCCCGCCAGGGCCUGGUCCUGCUGCAAAACAAACCCCCGUCGUGGAGCGACGAGAGCGGCGCGUACGUACUCGAUUUUCAUGGUCGAGUCACUCGGGCCUCGGUCAAGAACUUCCAAAUCGUGCAUCCGGAUGACCCGGACUACCUGGUGCUCCAGUUCGGCCGCGUGGCCGCAGACACGUUCGCCAUGGAUUUCCGCUUCCCGCUUUGCCCGCUCCAAGCCUUUGCCGUCUGCUUGUCCAGUUUCGGUGGCAAGCUGGCCUGUGAGUAAUCCAAUG